AUGGAGAGAAACAUCAGUGAUGCCACGACCGGGUUCGCUCCUCCCAACGCCACGGGCCCGUGCCUGGAAUGGUUCGCGGAAAAUGCCCUCAGCGAGAACCUGACAUUCGAGACUGUGAGGACGAUUUGUGCAAUAUCAGGGUGGGCUCCGUUCGGUUUUCCUGGAAGGAAAAGCGUGACCAUAGUAUUGAGUGUCAUCGGCAUGUUGCUCAACAGCCUUGUUGUCUUCGGCGUUGCUAAGUUACAGCAAAACAAACCGCUGUACUACUUGAUCGCAAAUCUGGCCGUAACCGAUAUCGUGACUAACAUUGUAGGCAAUGUCAUGCUCGAGCUAACGGAAGCUGUGACGUACCGAAUGUUUAUGGUCUUUUUAGUCACGGUGGUGCACUUCCCCGUGAUCCUGUCUCUGACCGGGCUGGUACUUCUGUCCGUGGACCGGUAUGUUUCCGUCCAGCACCCCAUUUUCUACCACGGCACCGUGGGCAGAGGGCACGUACUGGUGGCGGUGGCAGGAGCUUGGGUGUCCGCCGCUCUGCUCUGCUUCUCCCCGAUGAUGGGAUGGAACUGUAAAGGGACGAACACCAGCAACGAUAGGUGCUUCCUCGGCGCUGUAGAGGGGAGCUACAUCGUGUUCAUGACGGUUCUGUGUGCGACAGGGGUUGUCGUGGUGGUGUCCACGAACGCACGCGUCUUCGUGACGCUCAGACGGCGGCUGAACAUAUCUGCGUACGGGAACAAUCAUCAGCAAGUCGGGUGCGUACAUAUGAACCAGCAGCACAUCAUCUCCGCAUCGAAAAAGGCAAGAAGCGUGCUCGUUAUAAUAGUCGUAUUCCUGAUCACCUGGCUUCUGUUUCUGUGGUGGCAAGUGACGAUAUUGGUGACCAUCUACAACACCUGGGACAGUCUGAUGGGUAUCGGUGUCAAUCUGCAGUUUCGGUUCGUCUUUCUUGUCGUCUUUUGGUUGGCACCCAUCGUGAAUCCUCUCGUGUACGCCUUCCGAUUGCCGGCGCUGAGGAGGGUGGUGUCGAACAGUCUCAGGAACGGAGCGGUCCGUCUCUGGAGACGUCUCGUCCCGCCACAACAGGUACAUCCCGCCGCUAUACAGAUGUAACAACAGGUACAUCCCGUCGCUAUACAGGUGCAACAACAGGUAUAUCCCGCCGCUAUACAGAUGUAACAACAGGUACAUCCUGCCGCUAUACAGGUGACAGAUGUUGAUGUGUAGUAAACAGAUUCGAGGACAAACGAAUAUUUAAAGAUUUCUCCUGUUGCAUAGUAAUACAUACUGAAUGAGGUCAAAUAUUACCGCUAUAUCGGACCGCAACAGAUGUUCCUGACUGUAAGUUCAGAUUCUGUACAGCAAAAGUUUCAAGUAUAGUUUGGUAGUGAUCACUGUAUUAUCAAAAAAAGUCUUGUUAGAAGUGUUUGAUGACGAUCAU